CAUCCAUGGCCUGGACACGAAGUCCCCCGACACGUGGCUGUGGCGGGCCAAUAAGCCCGAUACGCAGGGUGUUAAUUGGUUGGCCCAUCCAGACAUGCUUCCAAAGAUCGCAGGACCGGCCCGGAUCUUCUAUCGCGACUGGCCGGCCAACCUUCUUCAAAAGUCAGUCUCGACCCCGACGACGCUCGAGGAGUCUGCCCGGUGCUUGCUCGGCGGUAUCAGACAGCAUUUAGCAGCGAAUAGACGGGCAGGACGAGAUCGACCAAUUCUCUUCAUCGCAUCUUGUCUCGGCGGCAUCAUCUUGAUAAAGGCACUCGAGAUCGACGAUAGCUAUGACCGCGAUGACCGGGAUCCCGCCCCUCUCAGAAGGGCGACACGUGGCGUUGUUUUCCUUGCCACGCCGUUCCGGGGGACUGCGUUUAAAAACAUGCCCGUGCCAGUUUUAAAGGCCUGGGCUUCGCUCCAUGACCAAACAGUAACCGCAUUGAUUGACUACACGAAGGAAGCAACAUCCAGUCUCGACGAACUCGUGGACAAGUUCAUUGAGCUACGGCGACGGCAGGAUUACCACCUCUUCACCUUCUACGAAGGUAAAGGGACGACUCUUCUACGAAAAAUUCAUCUGGCCUGGCUGUUUUCGAAUAGGAUGCUUCUAGCGUGGCUAGUUGGCUUGGCUUCAGCUUGGCUACUGGAAUGUUUUUCGCCUUGGCUACUGGUCCUAUUUUUUCCUUGGCUCUUAGGGCUUUGGUCUUACCAGUCAAACCUGCUGGUUGAUGAGAACUCGGCAAGUCUGCAGGGUUUCGGACGACAGCGGCUCGAACGAACCCACGUCCUGAUGAACAAGUUUGGCGACUCUGGGUGUAAAGAUUACGAACAUGUCGCUAGGAAAAUUGAAGAGAUUGUCGGAAAGAUUCGCGAGGGAACUCUACUCGAGCAAGCGGACGCAUUGAUACGGAACGAACACUACAAUACAGGCAGGCUCGAGAUUGAACGACUGUCGGGCGACCUGUUGCCGAUGGAUCAGUGUUACAUCAAUCUUGCCAUUGUGGAGCAGCCGGGCCAAGACACAGGUCGCUCAAAGGAAGGAGACGUAACGCCCUCCCCGUUUUCACUCUUCGCUCGACAGAAGGUUGAGACACCGGACAAGACGAUCCAGGUCGAGUUGCCGACACUCUUCAGUCAGCGUGUUGGUCGCGAUGGGCGCACGAUACAACCAAGACGAAUCUUGAUUCGAGGACGCGCGGGAGUUGGGAAGACUACCUUGUGCAAAAAGAUGGUUUACGACUUUACGCAUGGUACGCAGACGGAGCUUCAUCGCACCUGGACAGAGUUGUUCGACCGCUUGCUCUGGGUGCCUUUGCGGAAUCUGAAAGGGCGGUCAACCCCGGGAUAUAACCACGAGGAACUGUUCUACCAUGAAUACUUCUCUGGACAGGGACACGACGAUGGCCGCCGUCUUGCCGGAGAACUAUGGCGAAUAUUGAAGGACACCCAUAGCAGUAGAACUCUGUUCGUUCUCGAUGGUUUGGACGAAGUACUCCAGGAUUUACGCGGUAAUAGCGAUAUGUUCCGUUUCCUUAAGGUUCUUUUAGAUCAGCCCAACGCCAUUAUUACAUCCCGGCCAAACGCAAACAUUCCUGUUGGUCUCCGUGGUCUCGACCUUGAGUUAGAAACAAUCGGAUUCUACCCAGAUCAGGUGAAAGCCUACCUCAACGCCGACCCCAAAACAAAGCCAAGAGCCAACGAGGUCCAGUCCUUCCUUCAAAAACAUUGGCUUAUCCAGGGUCUUGUGCGGAUCCCAAUUCAGCUGGACGCGCUUUGUUACACUUGGGAAGACUUCGACCCGGGAACUGUGCCGGACACUAUGACCCGCAUAUACCAAGCUAUCGAGCGAAGGUUGUGGAAGAAAGAUGCCGUGCGAUUGGAUAAGAUGUCCGAGGGCCACGCCGGAUCAGCUCGUCCAGCUGAGAUCGCGCGUAGUGUUGAGACUGAGAUUGCACUUCUUGAAUCUCUUGCCUUUAACGGGCUGCACAGCAACGUAAUAGACUUCACGCCAGCGCAUCGAGAUGAGAUAGUCAAGAAGUCCCCACGGUCGCAUUUGCCAAUUGAUGAGACAUUUGCACGACUUUCUUUCCUGCGCACAUCAGGCUCGUCAUCAAAGGUCAAGGACCGAAAUUACCACUUUAUACACCUAAGCUUUCAGGAGUACUUUGCUGCGCGGUAUUUUGUCCUGCAGUGGACAUCUGGAGAGCAGCUCCCCGUUCUAAAACUCGGCAGCCGACAGGAGAUCUCCAGAGUCACAAAGAUCAAUGCUGAAGAAUUCCUACGGAAGGAGAAAUACAACGCACGCUACGAUAUUUUUUGGCGUUUUGUCGCCGGCUUACUUCACACCAACCACGACGAGGAGCAACUCUGCGGCUUUUUCCGCACGAUUGAGGAGCAGCCCCGCGAUCUCUUGGGACCAGUGCAUCAACGGCUGGUCAUGCACUGCCUGAGCGAAGUGGUUCCAUCACAGAAAAUCCCGGAGUUCAAUCGACUUCAAGAGCAGUUAAAACGGUGGCUGUUGUUUGAAUGGACCUUGUGUGGACAUUCACAACUGGCAGCCGAGAUAGAAUUCCCAGACCAAAUCCUGGAGGCCGGGGUUUUUGAGGCCCUCGUGGCCCUGGUCAAGGAUCCGGACUUGCACGUGCGCUUCGCUGCUGUGGACGCAUUGGGCCGGCAGUCGGCGCUGUCGGACCCGACUCUCAAGGCCCUCGUGGCCCUGGUGAAGGAUCCGGACUCGGACGUGCGGUCGGCUGCGGCGCACGCCUUGGGCUGGCAGUCGGCGCUGUCGGACCCGGCCCUCGAGGCCCUCGUGGCCCUGGUGAAGGAUCCGGACUCGGACGUGCGGUCGGCUGCGGCGGACGCCUUGGGCCGGCAGUCGGCGCUGUCGGACCCGGCCCUUGAGGCCCUCGUGGGCCUGGUGAAGGAUCCGGACUCGCACGUGCGGUCGGCUGCGGUGCGCGCCUUGUAUGGGCAGUCGGCGCUGUCGGAGCCAGCCCUUGUGGUCCUUGUGGCUCUGUUGAAGGAUCCGGACUCGGACGUGCGGUCGGCUGCGGUGCGCGCCUUGGGUGGGCAGUCGGCGCUGUCGGACCCGGCCCUCGAGGCCCUCGUGGGCCUGGUGAAGGAUCCGGACUCGCGCGUGCGGUUGGCUGCGGCGGGCGCCUUGUGUGGGCAGUUGGCGCUGUCGGACCCGGCCCUCGAGGCCCUCGUGGCCCUGGUCAAGGAUCCGGACUCGCACGUGCGGUCGGCUGCGGCGCACGCCUUGGGCCGGCAGUCGGCGCUGUCGGACCCGGCCCUCGAGGCCCUCGUGGCCCUGGUGAAGGAUCCGGACUCGGACGUGCGGCCGGCUGCGGCGCGCGCGUUGGGCGGGCAGUCGGCGCUGUCGGAGCCGGCCCUCGUGGUCCUCGUGGCCCUGUUGAAGGGUCCGGACUCGGACGUGCGCUUCGCUGCUGCAGACGCCUUGUAUGGGCAGUGGGCGCUGUCGGAGCCGGCCCUCGAGGCCCUCGUGGCCCUGGUGAAGGAUCCGGACUUGGACGUGCGGUCGGCUGCGGCGCACGCCUUGGGCUGGCAGUCGGCGCUGUCGGACCCGGCCCUCGAGGCCCUCGUGGCCCUGGUGAAGGAUCCGGACUCGCGCAUGCGGUCGGCUGCGGCGCACGCCUUGGGCCGGCAGUCGGCGCUGUCGGACCCGGCCCUUGAGGCCCUCGUGGGCCUGGUGAAGGAUCCGGACUCGCGCGUGCGGUCGGCUGUGGUGCGCGCCUUGUGUAGGCAGUUGGCGCUGUCGGAGCCGGCCCUCGUGGUCCUCGUGGCCCUGUUGAAGGAUCCGGACUCGGACGUGCGGUCGGCUGCGGCGGACGCCUUGGGUGGGCAGUCGGCGCUGUCGGACCCGGCCCUCGAGGCCCUCAUGGGCCUGGUGAAGGAUCCGGACUCGCGCGUGCGGUCGGCUGCGGCGGGCGCCUUGUGUGGGCAGUUGGCGCUGUCGGAGCCGGCCCUCGAGGCCCUCGUGGUCCUGAUGAAGGAUCCGGACUCGGACGUGCGGUCCGCUGCAGCGCACGCCUCGCGUCGGCUGUCAGCUUUGUCGGAUGGAAGAUUCUAUUCCUUUCUUCUCGCAAUGGACAGCCAAUCUUUCAAUGACUUAUAUAGCGUUUGGUUACGGAGAAGCUUUUCGGAUCACCUAGUAUGGUAUGUUGAGGGUAAAAAUUGUAGAAUCAAUAUGCCGGAGGCAGGCAGGGACGUUCCUUUUGAUCAGCUGAAGAGCGCAGUCCAAGAAGCGCAAGUAUCAUUGAAGGUUCCUAAAGGUUCGUUUCCUUAGGGAUAUAUGACAGUAUUUUUAAUAUCUUUAUUUAAUAAACGGGUCUGGGGAGAGUGACUAUUUUAUAC